AGAUGCGUUGCAGACACGUCGAUCUUAGGCAAAUGAUGCAUCUUUUUUACAUGUCAAUUCAGGAUCCAUUUCAAGUAUUGUACUUCCGCGAUUAAAUUUCCCCAGAAGCAGGGCUGAGUGUUUCACUAUCUAAGGCAUUUACUUCACUUGCAAGAUUGAACGGCUUGCUGUUCUUGAUGUAACACAGUAAUGUUCGCGAUCCAAUAUGGCUGUCAUUCGGCAAGUCUGCAGGGUUGUAGUCCUGGUGGCCUUCUGUGCCCCCGUCUUUGCCAAAGUCACUGCUGAAGACUUGCCAUCUUGUGCUAUCAACUGCUUUCGAACCUCGCCACCCAGUAAUGCAAGCUCGCAGUCCUGCAGACUCACAAACUCGGAUUUCGAGGCAACGUUCUCGCCAUGUUUCUAUGAGGAAUGCUCAAUAAAAGAUGCUUUGACAGCGCUCAACAAAACAUCAAUACUCUGCGAAAUACCCGAACGCGAUAUCUCCUGGGCGAUCCGUGGUUUCGUUAUUGCUUCUACCAUAGUUGCCUCGGUCGUCAUCGGUUUAAGAGUGCUUUUGAAGUAUCGAGGUCUGGCAGGAGGCAUCGGAUGGGAUGACUCGACUAUUGUGAUUGCUGUGAUCUUGACCAUGGACGCAGCUGUUGGGCAAUUCCUUGCGGCAUGGUAUGGUAUGGGCAAGGACCAAUGGAAGGUGCCAGUCGAGGAUGUGUCAACAGUGUAUAAAUGUUUCUUCAUCGCCGCCGUCGGUUACAAGCUUGGUAAUGCUGCCACGCGCAUCUCAAUCCUUUGUUUCUACCUACGCGUCUUCGGCACCACAAGCGCAUGUAGACCUAUCAUUACUUUCAUCGUCAUCAAUGCAGUUAUUGGCGUUACUUUCGCCAUUGCGGAUACUCUCCAAUGUCAGCCUGUGGCCAGCUUCUGGGACGGGUGGGACGGCGAGCUCUCUGGCAAGUGUGAUAGCCUAAGUGCCAUCUCCUGGGCACACUCGAUACUGAACAUCGUCCUAGACGUUGCGACCCUCGCCAUUGCAUUCUGGAUGGUGAAUAAGCUGAAUAUGCGUUGGAGGAAGAAGGCCGCAGUUAUCGGGAUGUUCUUGCUGGGAUCCGCGAUCACGCUGGUCUCAUUCCUCAGACUUAUGUCUCUGUCACAACUCUCCAACGCCCGGAAUCGAACAUGGAAUCUCGCACCCGUGGCGUACUGGUCGGCAGUCGAGAUGUUCUUUGGCCUGGUGUGUGCCUGCCUCCCUGCUCUCAAUGCGCUCAUAGCUAUAUGUUGCGACAAAAGAGAUAAAAUACAGACUGCAGAUUCAGGAACAGGUGUAUACGAAAGACAUGCAUCCGAUCAGCGCCCAGGUAGAACGAAGACAUCGGAUCUUACAGCUACCUCUUCGAGGAAUGGGGAUUUAGAGUGCGACUCUGAAAUUCGUGACGGAAAUAGCAUAAUACAGUUAGUCGUGCUUCCGCCGACGAAGGAGGAUGAUACACGAAUGGAGAGUUAUCCUCAACCCAUGGGAUGCUAAAGAUAUUCGGACGGGAACGGAUAGACAUAAAUUACGAAAUAAAGACUGCACUAGACGGGUCAAAAUGUAACCUCGCUGCCAUGGUAGUAUCUGAGCCAUUGUUCUGGCCAGCUAAUUUUCUGGUUCCCUG